AUGGCCACCCACGAGCUUGCCCUGAAGCUGCAGCGGCGGCUGAGGCUGGAGCAGGAGUCCGAGGCUGGCCAGAGGCCGCAGCAGAACGGCCUCGACGGGGAGAAGUGCGGGCUGUGGACGGAGCCCGCGCGGGGCGGGAGCCGGAGCCGGGGCCGGAGCCCGGGGCCCCCGACCCCCGGGGAAGAGCCGCCGGCCAAGGAGCUCACGGCCAACGCCGACUCGGAGCUGAAGGCUCAGCUGAACCGGCGCCAGGGCAUCCACGAGGGGACGGCGCGGCCCCGGCCCGCCAAGGUCUUCAAACCCUACACCGAGUUCCCGGAGUUCAGCCGCCGGCAGAUCAAGGACAUGGAGAGCCUCUUCAGACGGUAUGACUCUGGCAAGGACGGCUACAUCGACCUGAUGGAACUGAAGCUAAUGAUGGAGAAGCUGGGAGCCCCCCAGACCCACCUGGGCCUCAAGAACAUGAUCAAGGAGGUGGAUGAGGACCUAGACAGCAAGCUGAGCUUCCGGGAGUUUUUGCUGAUUUUCCGGAAGGCAGCCUCAGGGGAACUGGAGGAGGACAGUGGCUUGAUGUCUCUGGCAAAGCUCUCGGAGAUCAACGUGGCCACUGAAGGAGUGAAAGGGGCCAAGAACUUCUUUGAAGCCAAGGUCCAUGCCCUGGCCCUGACCAGCAGAUUUGAGGCCGAGAUCAAAGCGGAGCAGAUGGCCCGAAAACAGGAGGAGGAGGAACGGAAACACCGGAGGGCUCUCUUCAGAGAGCGCCAAGCGGCCUUCUCCCAGUAACCCCUGCCAGGCCAAAUGGUGCCGGAGUGUGGUCAGGGGCUUGCCUUGAUGUCCACCAGCUGUGCCUUACCAGUUGACCUGGGAGCGAUGCCCAGCACCUUGUCCCCCAAGGAGGACCUGUCUCUUUGAAUGUCUAGCAUCUUUGUCAUCCCCAGUUAUGAUGACCUUUCUUCUUAAACUUCCUAUGUUUUGUGCCCAAGAGGUAACUGGUCACCCUAAGACCUGGGGAGACAGAGUAGGGAAGGUCAAAGUCAAGAUGGGAGGAGAUUAAUUUUGUAAAAAGAGAGGAAAUAGCCCCUUUCUUACCUACCCACCAGACAAAGUUUCUAGGAUUUGCCAUUUUCUUUGUGGCUUUUACUUUCCCUCUAUCCCCUUCCUUUUAGCCAAGCCUUUCAAAGAGGAAAUGUGGUCUUUUGGCCAAAGAAAGGCACCACUCUUCCAUUCCCCUGUGUUCCGUUCCCAUGUUCAGGCUGAUAGCCUUGCACUCAGCGGAGGUAUAUGCUGUUGGCUUUGUUAUAGAUUCUUCCAUCCUUCUUCCAUCACUCCCAAAGGCAAGGUUAUUCAGUCAUCCUAUCCCCUUCUCCCAGAGUUCAAGGCAGGGGAGGGCUCCAAGAGGUGUGGAGCCCAUGGUGUUGGAGGGCUGCAGUUCUAAAAGCCCCUCUUCUAUUCUGCCACUUGGACAGGUGGUUUUAAAUGGAUGGAAAGAAACUGCCUGCCCCGGGGACCCUUUUCCCAACACCCUUCACCUCCACACAGUAACAUUUUGUCCCAUUGCCAAUUUGGAUUGAAGGCUUCAUGCAGGGUGCCUGAAGCUAACCAGCACACCUGGUCAUGGUUCUUCAACCUAUAAUGUACAGACAGAUGGGUCUGGCCCACCAUCCAUGGCAGGUGGCCAUUCCAAGACCUCUGUGCCUCAAACCUUCUGGGAGUACUGAGACUUCAUAAUGGUUUCUUGUCUUCUCCUUUCUGUUCAUGGGGGGCAACCCUUUUUCACCCUCAAGAGUUUUUCCCUUUUGACUUUUUUAUCAAAAAAAAAAUCAUGCUGUUAAAACUGGGCAUGGAAGAGUAAUGGAAAGAAAGGAAUUUGUGAUAGAUUGCAGAAUGACAAGAGUACUUGAAGCUCUUUAUCAGUAAAAACAGAAUGUUUCUAAGGUCACUCUUACUAACUUGAUAUUUAUUAAGAUCUGAGGGUUUUUAGAUCUCUUUUGUAGCUGUUCUUUUUCCAUGAAGUCAGUGUUUUUCAGCCUUCUUAGUUUUUCUUGCCAAAUGAGCUAUCAAAUAAAAUGUAUGAUCUCACUGGCUUGCUUCUACUCGUGGAAUGGCUGGGAGGAUGAAGGUCAGAAGGACGAAUGGGUCAGAUUUGGUUGGGCUUAGUCACUUCGAUACCCAUGGCUUGGUAAACUGCCCAGAUACAUUCAGUCCUAGAGCCAUGACUGAGUGGGCACCACUAGUUCUCUGAAAUAUGGGAGGCAGGAAUAGGCGAACAGAGUUAGAGCCAGAAGAGACAACUCCCCCAUUUUUUACAGGUGAGAAAACUGAGUCCCUGAGAGGGGAAGGGGCUUGUCCAAUGUCAUGCAGACAAUAAGUGGCACAGCUGGGAAGGUCAUAGUAGUAAUAAUAACAGUAGUAACAGCUAGUAUUCACAUAGCACUUUAAGGUUUGUAAGGUGUUUUACAAAUAUUA